AUGUUUCUGAGCCACAUUUACACUUUCCUUGUGACUUUUACUCAUUGUGUCUUUUUCAAAGUUUCUUGUUCUUCAUCUGAGUUCAGUUUGGAUGGAGAUUAUUUAUUGGGUGGCCUUUUUCCAGUGCAUGACAUUCAACACGCAACACCUCUGCUCUCCCCGGAGGCCAAUGAAUGCUUUAGGCACACUCUAUCAAAAUCUGGCUAUCAGAUGCUUCAAGUAAUGAGGUUUGCUGUUGAGGAGAUCAAUAACUCUACCACCCUGCUGCCCAAUGUUUCUCUGGGCUAUGAGAUUUUUGACCAUUGUUCCGACACUAAGAACUUCCCUUCAGUCUUCAGCUUAAUUUCACAGAAUGGAUCGAUAAAACCUCAAGAAAAACUCAACAGCCAUCAUCCUAAAGUGAUUGCUUUAACAGGACCAUAUGGAAGCACAAGAACUAUCACUAUUGCACCACUGGUCACAAUGGACCUCAUACCACUGGUAAAUUAUGGAGCUACCAGCUAUACGUUAAGUGAUAAACUUCACUAUCCAUCAUAUAUUAGAACAAUCCCUAGCAAUAAAGACUUGAUACAGAUGAUGAUUCACAUCAUACAGUGGUUUGGAUGGAACUGGGUUGCUUUUCUUCGAGACCCAGACAGUAACAGUGAAGAUGGCCUACAGCUGUUUAACAGUUAUAUCAAAAAUACUGGCAUUUGUUUGGCCUAUCAAGAGGUUCUGAGUCAACGUGUAAACUACAGUCUAACUCUUCAAAAGAUUAAUAGGCUCAACAUCAACGUCGUUGUGGUUUUCACUGGGUCACAAUAUGCAAAGAACAUAAUCAAAGCAGCCAUAGCAAACAAUAUCCGAAACAAAGUCUGGAUUGCAAGUGAAACAUGGUCUAUGAAUCAACAGCUCCCAAAAGAGCCGGGAGUUGAGAAAAUUGGAACUAUAGUUGGCAUUACAGAGAGAUUUUUGUCAUUGCCUGGAUUUCAUGAAUUCAUAUAUAAAGCCAAAGGAACAAGUGAGAUGAAUACUCACGAUGACGCUGAGAGUGAAAUUCAGAUGAAGACUUGUAAUCAAUAUUGUGACAACUGCUCAAUGUUGACCGCAGAGGAUAUUAUAAAUGAAGAUCCCACAUUCUCCUUUGCCAUCUACUCUGCCAUAUAUACCAUAGCUCAUGCAUUACAUAAAGUUCUUCAGUGUGACAUCAAUGAAUGCAGCACAAACAUCUCUGUGAAACCAUAUAUGCUUCUGGGAGAAAUGAAGAAGUUGGAUUUUCCUCUCAAUGGUCGUCAGGUGAAAUAUGAUGUUAAUGGUGAUCCAGCAGUCAGUUGUGCAGUCGUGCUGUGGCACACUGAAACAAAUCCUCCAUGGAUUCAGAUGGUGGGCACCUAUAAGACACAUCCAGAAAUUACUUUUACUAUCAACAACUCUCUCAUGCCCUGGCGUAACAAUACUGCUGUUCCUUUUUCAAACUGCUCUGUUGAGUGUAAAGAGGGAUUUUCAAGAGAACGUGUGAGAUAUCAUGACUGCUGCUUUCUGUGUAAAAAAUGCCAACAAAACAACUAUGUGAAUUAUUCUCGGGACCCUUACAGCUGUGUUUCAUGUGAAGAGAGGGAAUGGUUUGAUGGCACCAGCAUGACAUGUAAGCCAAGGCCUGUCGUCUAUCUUCAGUUCACAGAAAUUUCCUCCGUCGCAAUUAUAUUUUGUAACGCAUGCUUGAUUACUUUUCUCUUUGCCAUGUUAUUCAUUUUUGCCUUUAAUCACAACACUCCAGUGGUGAGGUCUGCUGGUGGUAACAUGUGUUUCCUGAUGUUAGUGUGUUUGAUUAUGUCUAGCCUGGGUGUGUUCUUUUUCUUCGGUGAACCCACAGCAGUAAAAUGUCCCUUGAGAAAUUUUCUGUUUGGAUUUUUCUAUGCUGUUUGUCUCUCCUGUUUGGCUGUCCGAGCCUUUCAAAUAGUUUGUGUCUUUAAAAUGGCCGCCGAUUACCCUAAUGUUCACAGAGUGUGGGUAAAGUACAACGGACAGUGGGUCUCUGUGGUUUCAUUUUCAGUUUUUCAUUUCAUUGUUUGUGUUUUAUUUAUGACUGUAACACAAGUCAAACCCUUCAUAGACUUUGUUUCUUUUAAGGAUAUCAUUUUUUUCACCUGUGAAAGAGGGCAUGUGAUAAUCACAGGCACAAUAAUGUUUGUAAAUAUAUUUCUUGGUUCCGUGUGUAUAGGGUUUGCUUACGUGGCAAGAGAUCUGCCGAAAAAUUACAAUGAAUCCAAAUCAAUAACUUUCAGCAUUGUUUUUUUUAUUGUAAUUUGGAUUUUUUACUUCACCGUUAACGUUCUCAUCAGGAGCAAGAGCGUCGUAUUAUUCAACGCAUUGGCCCAGAUAGCCAGUGUAUAUGCAAUUUUCAUUUGCUAUUUCAUACCAAAAUCUUACAUCAUGUUGUUUCAACCGGAAAAGAACACUGCUGCAUACUUCCAAACAUCAAUUCAGACUUACACACAAACCAUUAGUAGAGGUUAAAGCACCACAAAAUUCUCCACAAGAAUGUCUUGUUUUUAGUUGCAGAAUAAGAAUUAAAGGUGUAUUAAAAUGAAAUUACUAGAUAUUUAAUAAAAGAUAAAUACAUUUUUGAACA